CUGGUAUUGAAACAAAGAGUGGUGCCUCUGAUAGAGAACCCAACCUGUGUCUGAGUGUUUGCUUAUCUCUCUAGGUCUCUAAAUACUCCACAUUCUCAUUACAAAAUAUGGGAAAAGGGCCUCACUUUUUCUAUUCAUUGCUACACAACGUGAAACGCUUUUGCUUGUUGCGCUUUGCAGUUUACUGACAAGGAAAUAAAAAUGCAGCAACUUGGCAAAUACAUCCCACUGAUCACAUCUGCAUUUGGCUUUCACUGAUAAAAGAGUCAGGGCCAGAGGAGUGCCCAUCUCUGGGACUGUGUUGUCAGGGUGAGGUUUUGUUCUGGAAAUGAGACCUCCACCACUGGCUGUUGCAGAUGCUGUACAAUGCAAUAAAAUUUGCAAAAGGAUCUAAAUGUUGAGUGGCAGUUUCUUUUGCAGCCCUGAUCUGCUGCUUGAUCAUCACGCCACCCUCUAGCAACAUUUGUAGCAGUGCCAGGAGCUAAUACCAAAAGCAGUGGCCUUCGCAGUUGUAUUAGGCUUACAUGGCAAGCUUUUGGUAGCGAGGGGGGGAGGAGGAGUAGGGGCUGCAGGAGUGGCCUCUGUGAGCAGAGUCCAGAAGCUGCUCCAAGUUAGAAAAGAGCCAGUGCUAGCUGGCUCCAAAAAGGAGCCACCACUGGGCAGAGCUGUGCCACUGAGCAAUGCUGAUGAUGCCUCUGUGACAGCAGAUUUAAGAAGGGUAAAAAUGCUGCACAACAGCAGCUGGGAGAGAGGAGCGAGAAAAUACGACAGAAACUGACCUGCAGCCAUGAAGGUCAGUGCAGGAGGGUGGCAGGAGGUGCUCGAGAUGCUGAGCAGAAGUUCCCUACAGCCCAGGAGAUGCCCAUGGUGGAGCAGGAGCUCUGGAGGAGCUGCUGCCUGUGACCUUGAAGAGAAAGUAUUAGGUAAUGUCUUGAUCUUGUCUUUCUCAGCCUUACUGGUUUGCAGCGAGGAAUGUUUUUGUGUCCUAAAACAAACUAAAAACUCAUUUCCUCAUAGAUAUCUUUCUACAGUGUGAUCUUGCUCACCAUGCCUGACUUUUUCCCUUCUUCCCCCCUACUAGUAAGUACUGUCUGCAAGAGGGGAAGCACGGUUAAUCAUUAACACUGCCUUAAACAAGCAUGUAUUGUGAAUAAAGGUUAAAUGAGUACUUGUGGAUCUGCAGUGGAUCCGUUUGAUUUCUAGGAUCACAGAAAUGUGUCCAGUCUGGAACAAGCACUAAUCUUAGGUGAAAAGACUCAUCCCUUCCUCUUCUGUUGGAAAAUGAACAGGAACUAUACUAGACAUUUAAGUCUUGGUUUUCCAUAUUAAAGCACUGAACAAAAGUGAGGGGACAGAUAGAAAUGACAGCUGCAUGAGUAUUCUGGGAGAAAUACAGACAAUGAGAGGAAGAAGAACAAGGCUCUGCUGGGGACAGUUAGUUCAACCAGAUACUAUCAGCUGGCCACAGGCAGGGUGUUUUAAACCCCCUCCUGAAAGUUCUAGCCAUGUGUGCCCCUCCUACUGGCAGUCAAGCAUCCCACCAUCAGCUCAUUUCCCCUCAGGUUUAUUCAGGUUCAUCUGUUCCCUGCCCAUAACCCCACUCUUCAGUGCCUGAACUCUGGCAUCUGACUCUAUCACAGAAUGUUUUGCUGUUAGUCUGGUAGAAUCCCUUUGAGAGGGAAAGGGACCCGCAAGGGACAGUACAGCAUGAAAAGGUCUGGAAGAUUUCAUGAGAUACAACAUCCAAAUUUGACAAAGGAAACAGAAGAAGUUACAAGAAAAGUACAGUGUGAAAAACAGCAAAAGAAAGGAGUAAUGAUUUCCAAACCAGCUUUUAGUGUGCCCUGGCAGGAAGCAAGAUACACUGCACUGUUUGAGUAUCUAAUUAAACCUUUCUGCCACCAGACUUGAGGACAGGAGCUCAGAAAGGAACUCUAUGGCUACAUGGAAGGAAGAAACGUGAAGUCACCAUCCUGACCACGAAGUCUCACAGCUGUUAGUCGCUGAAGCCUGGGAGAUGCAUGGGGAAAGACUCACUGCACACGUCCCCAGAUCUUGUUCUUCUGCCUAUAAAUGCUGUUUGUGACUGCCAGACGUGAGAUACUCUGCUGGAUACAGUCCUGGUGUGAUGCUAGGAGGUAGAUCUGCAUCCCCUCCAGCAGGAGGAUGGAAAACCGGGGGCAGCGGUGCCAUCUGGCUGCACUUCUCUGUGGCAGCAAAAAUCUUUGGCUGAAGGAGGGCAGUGAGAAUGUGACUGGAGUUUGAGAGUAGGAAUUUGUAAGAAGCAAGAGAAAAUCACAAUAAAGACAGAGAUUUCUGCAGUAAUAAUGGAAGAGAAGGGUGGAUGCUGGGGUUUUACAAGUGAGAACAUUUGAGGAGUCUGUGCUAAGACGUGAAGGAACAAAAUGCAUAACUACAGCUGAUGUGGAAGUCAUGAAGAUUUCAGGAAGGAUGCAAACAGAAUGUGUGGAAAGAAGAACUCAGCUUAUAUUCUUUCAGUGUACUGAUGUGCUACAAGACUCCCAGGUAGAAGGUGUGGAGACACAGCGUGAUUAGGAUGUCAGUGUAACUCAGCAAGCUUGGUGCUGCCAAGCUGCCAGUCACUGUCACUUCCACCAUGCCCCUGAGCAAAGCUCCUGUCGCUUUCAGAGCCACAGCCUCUCCUUCCCACCUCCCCUCCAGGCACUACCAAUGCACUGCUAAAUGUUCGUAGAGUGGAGUUGUAUUUAGUGUAGUACAAAAUGUAUGUAGAAGCCUGAAAGAAGAAAGUCUUCCGUUCAGAAUAAUCUUUUCAAGGUGAAGAGUACUUCUUAAAAUCAACUCCCAGACUGGAACAGAAUGAGUUCCCUGCUUUGGCACACACCAGGCCAUCUCCACCUCCACUGUUACAAACUGGAAAUAGAGAGGAUUCUGUGUAGUCUGGAAACAGCAUGACCAUCUGGGUGCCAGAAAGGACCAAGGCUCCUUCUCCAUGCCAAUAUUCAAAUACUUCAUGUCCUGCAACUGGGAAGUUGUUCAAAUCACUUCCACUGAUUGAAAACCUUACAGCAUGGAGGAAACCAGGCAUCACAACCCAGCUACCAUACUAAGUGGCUUAACUUAGUAGUAGAGUGGGGAGGAGGAAACACCCUGCCUGGAGAACCUGCUGCCCUGAAGGAAAGACAGCAACACUUGAUCCCCACCAAGCAGAAACCCACAUUUGUUUUAGCAGUGCAAGUAAAGGGGAGCACUCCCAAUACAAAGAUAAACAUUUACUAAUGUUGUAAUCAGCGUGGCAUAUCUGAGUCUUGGAAUUAUUAAACCAGCAAGAAGAGACCCUGGCCAGUGAUGGAGGAGAACAUAAUUCACUAGAAGCCACAUAGUUAGAAUUUAACUUCUGUGCUAUGAUCCCAACUUGUUAUAAUCUAAGCAUUGGAAACAUAUCACUCAUGCAACAGACUUGACAAGGGCUCUCAGAGCAGGCAGGUAUUCAAGGGGAAAUGGCUGGUUUCCUCUCAGAGCUGGUGAGUAUCCAACGUUUUGUCUUCUAGCCCUAGUCACUGACAACAGCAGAAUCUCUGAAGAUUACAGCAAGGGGAAUCAAGCAGUCUUUGCUGUAACAAAAAUGAAGAGAGCACGUGCUGGGGACAACACUGACUCAGCAAUAAUACUGACUCCACAGCAUGUGCAGAAAAUAUAUUGCAAAUACAAAAGAGAGGUUUAAGAGAGGACUUGGGAAACCAGAAAAGAGGAAAACAGAGAAAACAGUAAUAUGGAAAAGAAGGAAAGGAAAAAACCUUCUACUUUACUGCCAUGCACUCUCAAAGACAUUUGAAGAUAUUCAUCUGUUUAGAGUGUGACCUGAUUAAAUGUCUGAAAACAUUCAUGCUCUUUAAGAGUGCUCUAAAAUUCAGUGUACAUCAUGGGCAGCAUAGGAGUCAUUCAAGCAGGAGCUCUGAAAAUGCAGAUUCCUAUGGGGAUAAUAGAAGUAAAUUUUUUUUGUUAAGUAAGAGUUUUAAGAGAUCAGUCCCUGGAAACAGGUGAACAAAGUAUCUGAGAAUUAAUGGAAAAAAGGAAUUCAAGAAAGUUGUAGCUUCUUACCGGUACUAAAGCAAACACAAACUGCCUGAUCGAGGCUUUCAUGGAUUUUUACAAUUUUUGACUUUUAUUAUUUUUAUGAUUAAAAUUCUGUGGCUGGCAAAAUGAAAGGAAUUACAGACUGCAUCUUUCCAGGCUGUUAAUAUCCAGGAAAGGAUUUUUUUUCUGCUUUUGUUUUUCUUUGGUUGGUUUUGUUUUUGUUUUGUGGUGAUGGUGAUUGUUAUUAUUAUUAAGGCUUCUUCAUCAUAGAAAUGGAAAGAUGUAGGAUUUCGUGAAUUAACUCAUGGUUCUGAAAGCUAUGCUGAGGUCAGGAACUUUGGAUGUGUUUCAUCAUCUUUGGCAGGUUCAGUACCGGAAGCUAUUGCUAAUGAUUUUGGUGCUAGGAAUUGGUGGAACCCACCUAGGUGGCUUUCAACUGUCUGUGAUCAAUUAUACUUCUCCGUACGUUCAGAAGUUUAUCAAUGAAACCUGGCUGGAGCGAUACGGUUCAGCACUGCAUCAGGAGACUCUCACAUUAUUCUGGUCCUUCAUUGUGUCUACAUACUGCAUAGGGGGAAUGAUAGGGUGUCUGUGUAGUGGGUACCUGACUGCAAAAUAUGGAAAGAAGAAAUGUCUGCUGAUCAAUGAUGUGGUCCUAAUAAUAGCCACGCUGAACACUGGCUUCAGUAGGAGAGCCAAAUCCUUUGAGAUGAUCCUGAUUGGGCGCUUCCUCGAGGGCAUCUGUGCUGGAGUACAUAUGAAUGCCCAUGUUCAGUAUGCAGGAGAGAUCUCACCUAAGAAGUUGCGUGGAUUUGUAAAUGUGACCUCCUCCGUGUUUCUUGCACUAGGAAAAGCUGUAGCAAGAGUUCUUGGAUUACGAGAUCUUUUAGGAACUGAAGACAUGUGGAAUGUGCUAUUGUCCUUUUCUGGGUUGGUGGCACUGAUUCAACUGCUCUUUUUGCCCUUCUUUCCCGAGUCUCCUCCCUAUCUCUUUCUGCAAAAAGGAGACAAGGAUGGUUGCUUGAAAGCCAUGAAGCAACUCUGGGGAGAAGAGAAUUAUCACACAGAAUUUGAUGACAUGAUGAAAGAAAAGGCUGUAACAAAAGGCACCAAAAUAAUGAAUGUCCUGGAGGUGCUGAAAGAACCAUCUGUGCAUCCACAGCUGUAUACCUUGCUCCUGCUUCUACUGAGUCUACAGCUCUGUGGCCUGAGUGCAAUCACUUUCUACACAUCGGAAAUUUUUCAGACAGCCAACCUCCAUGAAAGCAUAAUUCCAUAUGUAGCUCUAGGAGUUGCAGUCUGUGAGCUCAUCUCCAUCAUCUUCUGUAGCUCCAUUAUCGAUCGUUUUGGACGCCGGAUACUCCUGUGGGGUGGUUAUUUGUUGAUGGCACUGGUACUGGUGUUGCUUGAAACGAGCCUUCUACUGAGUGAUCGGUACCUCUGGAUGCGUUACUGCAAUGUUAUUCUUAUCUUUUUAUUCAUCAUUGCCUAUGGAAUAGGACCAGCUGGAGCUGUUUCAUCUGUCAUGAAUGAAAUCUUCACCCUGUCAGCACGGUCCUCCGCGUUUGUAAUUGGUGGAAUCAUCAUUUGGCUAGGCCUCACUUUCACUGGAAUGAUUUUCCCCUUUGCUGUUAUGGUUCUUGGUCCUUUUUGCUUUCUCAUCUUUAUUGGUGUCCUGGUAGUUUCAUCAGUUCUCAUCUACCUGUUUGUCCCAGAAACAAAAGGGAAGUCAACCUUUGAAAUUACAGAAGAAUUCAAAACACGCAGAUUUAAGAAGAAAAGGCAUCAGGCUGUGGAGAAGAACAUGACUGAAGAAAAGAUAUAUUGCACCAAGCUCUGACAAGCCACCAUAAGCAACUUGCACUGACAAAAAGCUCUGUCUCAAAAUCAAACUGAGAGCUAAACCUUAACAUGGACUUUUCUCAAUAAACUAUAAUCAAAAAAGCAACCCACAGAUAGCUUGUCAUUAGUCCAAGCAGUCCUCUUUUUAUUUGUCUUUACUUCUCAGUGCCUCCUUCCUGUAGCAGUGGCAGGAAAACAUUCAUAGCCAUGGACACUUCCCAGGGCUGACAUGUGGACAGCUCUCUGCAGUCAGAAGGAUGCAAGCAGUGCUGAGAGCUGGAGGACAAGGGACUGGGAGUGAGGCAGGGAGUGAGACACUUUGCAAGAGUACUGAGAGAGCGGGCACUCAGAAAAUUCAGCCCACUUUAUAAAUAAGUAACUGCUCAAGACAAGAAGCAGAAGCUGUGGUAGCAAAUAUCUGCUUGCUCUGUGUUGGAUUAGGACACAUUACGCUCAACAUCAAAUCAGCACAUCAGCGUGUAGUACUACACUUCGCCACUGCUGCUCUGCAGGAGCUGUUAAUCCUGCUGACUGCUGCAGCAUUUAACCACUUCCCUCCCCAAAUUCUUCUACUUUUACUCUUUUUUACUUUCUGCAGUUUUACCAUUCCCAUUGAUUAUCAUUGUGCUGGAACUCUGAAUCAGUGUUGAGCUUGGGGGAGUAUUCUAUUUAAAAAUUUCAAAUAAUCUACUUCCUACUUCUGAAGGAAGCCAGAGAAGAAACUCUGAUAAUAAAGCAUUUAUUUAGUUCCAGCAACUAAAACUUGAUUUAGAUUUUAUAUUCCACCUGUUUUCACUCGCUGUAUCAAAAUACAGAAUGUUGAUGCUACAAAAUCUUAUUUAGAGGGACCUCUCCUGUCAAGAGAUUGAAAUAUGUUUUAAGUCUCUGUUUUAAGUCCUGUGCAAUUAAUGUAGAAAAACAUCAGUCAACAGAAACCAUAUGAAGUAAACAUUAAUCUCAGUCUCAGACAGGGGAUUACUUAAGCAGAAGGUGCAGGAAAGAAAUGACAGAAAACUUCCCGGUCUGACAGAGUUCUGUCUGCCUGGGAUCAGCCACCUUCCAUAGAAGAUGGAAAAGCUCCUCUCAGAAGUGCCGAGUACAACAGCUGGCAGAAUUGGCUGCCAAUAUUAAUCUGCCAGAAGCUCACCAGGAAAAGAAUUGAGAAGUUGUCUGUUGCAAUUACCAUUCUUAAAGAAAAUACAAUACAUAAGUGAAAAUACAACUAUUUUCAAAAUAAUGGGUGGACAGCGGAUGGUCUUUAAAUAGCCCUUCUAAUUUCAUUGGUGUAGGAAUUAGAACUAACACUUGUAAUCAAAACAUGAACAGAUUUUUACCUGCCUUAUCUACAAAAUAGCUCCAGAAGUUUGGUUUAGGCGUGGUUGGGUUGGGCUUUAUUAUCCCCUUAAUGCAUUCAUUUCUAUUUCAGACCUUUUUGCACCAUCACACUUCUCACGUCUUUUCUGUACCUGGGUUAUCUUUUCUGCUGUAGUUUUGCUUGUCCUUGAGAUGAUCUUCCCAUAUCACAGAACUUAAAUUCCCCAAACUGCUCCUACUCCACCACAGUCUUCCUCAGUUAACUUUCCCCUGUGUGUAGCCCCAGGUGACGUCAAGGGAAUAAAAUAUAAAAUUAGAUGCCUCAUGUUUUUAAUUAAGAUAUCACUGCAGUUCUCUUAAUACUACAGCCUCUGGUCUCUGGUCCAAGUGUAACUGACCUGUUCCCUAUAACUAAGCCUUCUGUAUACUUGAAUAGAACAUCACCUUCUGGUUGGCAUCCAUUUCAAACACGCAGCCGUACAAAAGAAGUUGCUAAAGACUGCUGGACUGGAUGUCACAAUAAUGUGUAAAGUUUUAAUUUUACUUUACUUGGAGAAAAGAGUUGCAGGAAAUGUAUUUGCAAGUGCAAUAUAAAUACAUAAAUAAAUAGUGCUGAUUGCACUGCCUCUAUGCCUCCGUGCCUCCAAAACACUAGCACAGUGCUGCCUGCACCCAGGAUGAAAUUUUUUUUAUCUUUGUGCCUUUUCCUCCCUCCGUGGCAGUGCUUCUAUGGAACUAGCAGCUUUCCUAAUGAUGUUGUAAGGGGAAUUUCUAACGCCUAAGUUGCAAGUUUGAAAAUAAGAAUAGCUUUAGACCAAAGGGAACGCAAACAUAUUAUUUUCUUCCAUGCUCUUCUGUUCACACUUUACACAGAUUCCACAACGAGGUGCAAUUGCAAAUGGUAGUAUUUCUGAUAUGUGCUGCACAGACAUGCCAUAGAGUAGCUAUCUAGAUAGACGAAUGGAAAAAUACAAGUUAGGAUCAGUGUUCACUAUUGGCAAUGCACCACAUCAUUAGUGUAUUCUGCUAACUUCCACUUUUGUUUGUCAGUUCCUUCUCUCUGAUUUUACUCUCCUCUUUUUCCUAUCAUCCUUUCAGGAUUCCCAAGCCUUCUUGCAGAAAAUAUGCCUUCAGCACAUAGAGAGGAAGAAAUCCUCUGGUGGGAUCUGUGUCAGUGUCACUGUGGCUUUGCUCAUCCUUUUGCAGGAACAGGUGUCAGCAGGAGCAUAGCCAGAACACUGCAGAAGGACUGACUGCUCAUCCACGCUGCACAGCUCAGUGCCACGUUCAGGUGGGAGCCUUGAGUCCCUCUGCCCUCUCUUAUGAGCUCCAGGCAGGCUCACUCUGAUUUUGCUCCACUGCCUCCUGCAAGAAACCAGUCUUUUCGGGGUAGUCUUGCUGGAUACCAUCACUACUUCUUACCUGAAGGAGUCUUUCAAUUCCAAGCAUUCGUCCUCCCAGGUUCUACAAAACCAAUGUGCCAAACCCAAGGAGACCCGUUCUCCCCAGUGCUUGCUAUUGCUGCAUCUCUCACGGUUACUGAUAAACUAGAUAGUAUAUGAUUAACCCACCAAUAUUAAUGUUUGCAUGUUGUCUUCACACCAUGCCAAGGCCUCUCUCCCUCAUACUUCUGCAAGGAACAAAUUCUUUUUAAGUACUCACUCUGCCUUUUACUCAAAAGUAGUAGUAGUACAAACUACUUGACUGUCACAGGGAGAGUAACGGGGCUCUACACAGAUUUGGAAGUGGACCAGUGAGUGCACUUCCAUUCAGUAAGUCUGAGGACUUCAUUUACCCAACUAUGAGGAAAUGAGGAAAUCUGACACUGGCAUUGAGUAUUCAGUGCCAUAGUAACAUCCCAUUCAAUCCCACUGACAUGACAGAAUCGUUGUAAACCAUGAACUGAAGGGGAAACUAGGAAAUUCAAAAUAGAACCAGCCAGCAUGCUCUGUCCAUCUUCAUUCCUGUCUCCUCUUCAUAUAGGCCACCAUGUCCAUCAUGGAGGAAAUCUACAACCAGUCACCUAGAUUAUCAGCUGCUGUGACUGAAGGAUGUUUCAGCUGGACAGGAUUCCUUGGUUUUGGAAUGUUUUUCCCAUUUAUUGUGGUAAUUGACUAACCACUAACGUUAGUGACUAGUCCUUAAUGUUUUGAAUAUGAUUCCAGAUACCAGAUGAUGAUAUACUUCGUUAUUUACACUCUUUAAUCAGUACUGUAGCAGUUAGAUUUCUAAUUAAUGAAAUCAUGAUCAAUUACUCAAGGCAAAUCAGGGAGAAUCAAAAGAAAAUAUCCUUAUUUAUGUUUCUCUGGUUCAUUUCCAGGAAAACCUCUGUUCUUCCUGCUUCCUUAUUUUUUUCUGAGAUCUUCAUCUACUUCUUUCUUUCACAGACAAAAUAACAGAAGAAUUUGCCCUUUUACGUUUUAGGAUGAGACUUCAUUCCAUUACAGGAAGUACUUCUGAGGAACAUACCACCUACACCAGCUUCUAGCUGCUCGGGAGAAGGGCUGUGUGCUAAGUAAGGUCAUAAAGGACUUUGACGUUUGUAGAGUGUAAGAUGUAGAGUGCAAGGCAAAAUAUUGUUUACUAUUAUUGGAAAAGAUUUGAAUACUCCUUCAUAGACACAAGUGGAAUCUGCGUCAAUGGAAGCCACCCUCAUCACCAUAAAAACGUGACAGAAGUCAAUAACCAAUAAGUGAUCAUGACGUAAAAUAUGAGCUACGCUAAAUUUGUAGAUUUCACUUAGGAAAUGCUUUGUUCCUAAAAGUCUUCUUUAGUUCCAGCCUCCAUGAUUUUGUUGUUCAGAAUUUCAUUUUAAAUUAUAGCCAACCUAAAUUAUCAAAUCUAACUUGUAAACAGGAUUUCUUCUUUGUGGAAUUGAAAAAAAAUCAGGCCUGAUUAUUUAGGUGAAAGUAGAAAUGAGUCAGUCAGCUCUGCAUUCCUGAUACAACAGAGCAAUUUUGUUGAGUCACAGGGUAUACAAAGCCAGAGUUACUCAUUUGGUAUUCUGACUUGUAACCUGCUUCCUACCACUGUGAGCAGGAGCUGGAGAACUGUGCUGCGCAGCAUAACCACCUGAGCCAGCAUGCAUGGAGUGAGCAGGAGGAGGGAGCUGGCAGAAUGUUGUGGUCAUUUGUAAGUUUGUAAGGUUUGCUAACUUCCAAUUGCUAUUGAUUCCUUUAGUAGAACUGCAAUACUGGACUACUAUAAAGGAGCACAAAUAUAAAGGACAACAGCAGAAUGCAAUAAAGGUGGUAUAUGCACAGGGCACUAGUAGAGCCAAGAGCCGGUCCUCAUUGGACUUAUUCUUUAGAGAGAAAGAAACAGCAAAAGUCUCCUGAUCACAUUAUCUCUUAAAAUUGCUGGCAAAGUGAAACAGUAGUAUGCUAUAAAAUCAGGUGUAGUUCAGAAUUGCCAAUAAGACCCAAAAAUAUCAAAGAAAUGUUACUGUGUGCUAGUGGAAUUGCUGCUAUUUGAGAUCCUCGUCAGUUAUUUUGCAUGGAGGAUAGGAAUUAUUAUGACAUAGAAAAGUCUACACUUUGAUACGAACUGAGAAAAUGUAUGUAUGUAAUAAACAGGAAACAUUAAAAUUUUAAAACAAUUUCAAAAAUGAGUUAAUAGCUGUGCUGCUUCUGUUUUUGUACAGUCAAAAUGCUACAGCUGUUGGUGUUUAAGAGAAAAUAGAAAAAUGCUAAAUCAUUCUAAAUGCUUCUGCAAGCCAGAAAAAACAGCAUUUGCUAUGCAUUAUAUAGGCAACGCUUGCAAUUACACAAGUAACUAAGGUUUUAUUAUUAACAUGUAUUUUUUUUCUCGCUGCAUUUGCAGUAAAACCCUCUGUCAAUAAUUGCAUUCUGUAUUUUAUGAACUAAAAGUACAAGUCCCAACGGCGAGCUUAGGAAUUUACUGAUGGCUCCAGCAUAACCCCAUUGUCAUAUCUGCACCUAGCCCAAACCUUGGUCGUGGAGGAAGGUUCCCUGGCACGAGCCAGAGAAAGCAGAAGACACUGAAAGCAGAAAUAGCACAGAACAUCAGAGCCCCAAACAAACCUCUUUCUUCCAAAUGUGGUCUCUAGAAGAAGCCACAGUUCAGGCUUCGCCUCACCAGUGAGGAGCCUCUGGGAACAAAAGGUGACUCUCCCAUGGAUCAGUGGAUGCAACACUGGAUUUGGAGUUGUUCUGUGUCUGUAAUGCUCAAAGCUGAAGCCUGAGGAAUGAAGAACCCAGCUGUGCCACCCUACUUCAUUAAGGAGUAUUUACUCACUUCGAUUACUCUCAUGAGGAAGUGGAUUUUAGUUAUUGGCUGGUUCAGCAUGGAGCCUUCAGGACCAGGCUCUCUAUUCCAAAAACCUCUGCCAGGCACAACAUCUGCUGGUGCCUUCUCACCAUUGCUGGCCAACAUCCUCAUAACCACAAGACAAGAAAUACUCUUCCUUGAGACAGUCUAAAUGGUACAUAAGUAAGAAUAGCUGAAUUAAGCUUUGAAAUUUGCUGCUUCUAUCUCAAGCCCAGUGAAGAGCUGUGUGUUUAAGAAUUUGCCUAUUUUUUUCAUCUAAUAAAAGCAAUUUGCUAUACCAGUGAAUCUGAACCAGGACACCAAAUCUUUACUGCUUAAUAAAUAACAAUAUCUAAACCUUGUGCUAGCUACUUUUCCCAUUGUGCAGAUUAUAGUGGAUGUUGUUCAGCUCAUAUCAGACAAAUAAAGUAUUUUACUGGUCUUGGAAAACUACUUGGAUUUUUUUUUUCCUGAGCUGUUCUUCUUUCCCUUUCCAAAGGCCAGCUGCAGACUCCCUCUGUUUUGAAACUUUCCCCCUGCAGACUGGACCAGAUGCAAAUAUUUCCUGAAAUAUUUAAUCCAGUAGUGUUAACUUUGUCCAGUUGAAGUAUAUUGUGAGCAAAGACAAAAUAGUAAAAAUUUAACCCUGCUCCCUGAAGCGAAAUUCCCACUGCCGUAGCAGCAGGAAGGAGACAGACUCUGAAGCCAGUGAUGACACAGACACUCAGCACACGGACAGCCAGCCCCUGAGCCAGAGAUGACCGGCUUCCUACCGGUGAGAGACCUGGUGAGUACCUGGUGGGGCACUGCCAUUUGUGAUAUUUUUGUAUGCUAUCAGUGCAUCAAAGAGAACAAAAUCACUAUCUCAGUCAAAACAACAAGGCUCCUAUUUGCAGAAAGUACUUUGGAAGUGAUUCUACACGCUUUUUCAGUAUAUUGCAGAUGUUUGCACUUCUUAUGCUCUGUCUUCUAUCCUUGUCAGAGCGUACCUGCAAAAUCCUUGAACAAAUGCGAUGUUUCUGGAGAAUGAGAGGCACGAUUAAGGAGCAGCCUGAUGUGGGUACAAGCUUAAGAUUUUGUUCUAC